AUGUUGUUGGACCUAGCAAAGAUGUUACGCCACACCUUUUUAUCGGGAGCUGCCCACUCGGUUGGGCCAUCCGCUGAGCCACACCCGGGAGUCUAUGACGAGCACGGAAGGGAUACAAACACCACACAGCUGGGUUUGAGAUGGGCCUUUUUUUGGGACUUUGGAGUUAGUUGUUAG